AUGGAAGGACAUGCAGCUGGAGAGCCUACUGCAGAGCAAACUAUUCCAAAUGUUGCUGAGCUAAUGUUGAAAUUUCAAGAAGAAAGGGAGAAAAACCAACGGUUAGAUGAUUUACUAGCACAAUUCAUAAGGCAACAAAGAAAUGAAGGACGACCACAGGGUAAUGAAGAAUCACCACACGAUAGCGAAGACCACCCACCAACAAAUGGAGCACAACAACACGCACCACCUCCAACUCCUCCAAUAGAAGUCAGGAAUGCAACAGCCAAUUACUCUUCGAAGGCCUUUAUGAAAUUCCACCCCCCGAAAUUUUAUGGAAACAUUGAUUCGAAAGUAACAGAGAAUUGGAUUCGCACGAUGGAAAGACUUUGUGAUCUAGCUCGAGUUCCACAAGAAGACAAAGUGCGGCUAGCAAUAUACUUGUUGAGGGAGGAUGCUAGCUAUUGGUGGGAUACUAUGGCGGCCAUCCAUGGAGUAGACACAAUGACUUGGGAACAUUUUCGAAACUUAUUGGAAGAGAGAUACCUUACAACUGCCUUGAAAGAUGAAAAAGCAAGAGAAUUCACUUACCUGAGGCAGAAAAAGAUGCUGAUGGAAGAGUUUAUUCGAAAAUUUAAUGAACUCUCAAGAUACGCCCCCCACAUGGUCUUCAACACUAUUCAUCCUGACAUUCGUAAAGACCUCGAAGUAGCAGACUUGGAGGGAGCUUCUUUUUCCAAAGUAGCUGACAAAGCCUUGAAGAUCGAAAGGGCAAUACUGAUGCAAGAACGGGAGAAAGAAGAUGAAUUCAGAAGACAAGGCGCAAGGAACUUCCGAAAUCGGCAAAAUAACCAUUUCAUGAAAGGUGGUCCAAGUCAGAAAAGUAGUGACAAGAAGCGGCCUAACCAGUGGAGUUUCAACAACAACAACAACAACAAUAAGAGAGGAAAGGAGCAUUCCCAAGAAAAGCCAGGAUUUCCUCAAUGUCCCAAAUGUAACAGAUAUCAUCCUGGUGAAUGUCGGGUUGGUACUAACACUUGCUACAUAUGCGGGAAGUCGGGACACUUUGCAAGGGAAUGUUCCAACCGUAACGACCAGUAUAAAGGAGGAGAAGAAAAGAAAACAAACGCCAGAGUCUUUGCCUUGACUCGGGAAGAAGCGGAAGCAAGUCCAUCCAUAGUAAUCUCAGGUCAGCUCCUUUUCAAUAACAUCCCUGCAUCAGUAUUAGUUAAUUCUUGA